GCAUGUUCGCCAAGAAGCCGGCGGGCGCCGCGCCGCUCGGAGCUAUGCCUGUCCCAGACCAGCCCCAGUCAGCCUCCGAAAAGACCAGCUCCCUGAGCCCUGGCUUAAACACCUCCAAUGGGGACGGCUCCGAAACAGAGACCACCUCCGCCAUCCUUGCUUCGGUGAAAGAACAGGAAUUACAGUUUGAAAGGUUAACCCGAGAGCUGGAGGCCGAACGUCAGAUCGUAGCUAGCCAGCUGGAGCGAUGCAAGCUCGGAUCAGAGACGGGCAGCGUGAGCAGCAUCAGCUCAGCAGAAGAACAGUUUCACUGGCAGUCACAAGAUGGUCAAAAAGAUAUCGAAGAUGAACUUACGACAGGCCUGGAGCUUGUGGAUUCCUGCAUUCGAUCUCUGCAGGAGUCGGGAAUCCUGGACCCCCAGGAUUACUCCACAAGCGAACGGCCCAGCCUUCUCUCCCAGAGUGCACUUCAGCUCAAUUCCAAACCUGAAGGGUCUUUCCAGUAUCCGGCCAGCUACCAUAGCAACCAAACCCUGGCCCUGGGUGACACGGCCCCUUCACAGCUCCCAGGCCGCAGCACUCAGGCCCGGGCUGCCAGUCAGAGCUUCAGCCAGGGCACGACGAGCCGCGCCGGGCACCUGGCGGGCGCCGAGCCCGCGCCGCCGCCGCCGCCGCCGCCGCCGCGGGAGCCGUUCGCGCCCAGCCUGGGCAGCGCCUUCCACCUGCCGGACGCGCCGCCCGCCGCCGCCGCCGCCGCCGCCGCGCUCUACUACUCGAGCUCCACGCUGCCCGCGCCCCCGCGCGGCGGCUCCCCGCUGGCCGCGCCCCCCGGCGGCUCGCCCACCAAGCUGCAGCGCGGGGGCUCGGCCCCCGAGGGCGCCGCCGCCUACGCCGCCCCGCGCGGCUCCUCGCCCAAGCAGUCGCCCAGCCGCCUGGCCAAGUCCUACAGCACCAGCUCGCCCAUCAACAUCGUCGUGUCCUCGGCCGGCCUGUCCCCGCUGCGCGUGACCUCGCCCCCCACCGUGCAGUCCGCCCUGUCCUCCUCGCCCAUCCACCAGCUCAGCUCCACCAUCGGCACCUACGCCACCCUGUCGCCCACCAAGCGCCUGGUGCACGCGUCCGAGCCGUACGGCAAGCACUCGCAGGAGCUGUACGCCACCGCCACCCUCCAGAGGCCGGGCAGCCUGGCAGCUGGGUCCCGAGCCUCCUACAGCAGCCAGCAUGGACACCUGGGCCCCGAGUUGCGGGCCCUGCAGUCCCCGGAGCACCACAUAGACCCCAUCUAUGAAGACCGAGUCUACCAGAAGCCCCCUAUGAGGAGCCUCAGCCAGAGCCAGGGAGACCCUCUGCCGCCAGCACACACCGGCACCUACCGCACGAGCACAGCCCCUUCUUCUCCUGGUGUCGACUCCGUCCCCUUGCAGCGCACAGGAAGCCAGCAUGGGCCACAGAGCGCAGCCACAGCCACCUUCCAGCGGGCCAGCUACGCCGCGGGCCCGGCUUCCAACUACGCUGACCCCUACCGACAGCUGCAGUAUUGUCCCUCUGUGGAGUCUCCAUACAGCAAGUCCGGCCCUGCCCUCCCGCCCGAAGGCACCUUGGCCAGGUCCCCGUCCAUCGACAGCAUUCAGAAAGAUCCCAGAGAAUUUGGAUGGAGAGACCCGGAACUGCCCGAAGUGAUCCAGAUGUUGCAACAUCAGUUUCCGUCUGUCCAGUCCAACGCUGCAGCCUAUCUACAGCACCUCUGUUUUGGAGACAACAAAAUUAAAGCUGAGAUAAGGAGACAAGGAGGCAUCCAGCUCCUGGUGGACCUGCUCGAUCACCGGAUGACCGAAGUUCACCGUAGUGCCUGCGGAGCUCUGCGGAAUUUGGUGUACGGGAAGGCCAAUGAUGAUAACAAAAUUGCUCUGAAGAACUGCGGUGGCAUUCCAGCGCUGGUGAGGCUGCUUCGCAAGACCACGGACCUUGAGAUCCGGGAGCUGGUCACAGGAGUCCUCUGGAACCUCUCGUCCUGUGAUGCCCUCAAAAUGCCAAUCAUCCAAGAUGCCCUGGCAGUGUUGACCAACGCGGUGAUCAUCCCGCACUCUGGCUGGGAGAAUUCCCCUCUUCAGGAUGAUCGGAAAAUACAGCUGCAUUCAUCACAGGUGCUGCGCAAUGCCACUGGGUGCCUAAGGAAUGUGAGUUCAGCCGGAGAAGAGGCCCGCCGGAGGAUGCGGGAGUGUGAGGGGCUGACCGAUGCCUUGCUGUAUGUGAUUCAGUCUGCGCUGGGGAGCAGUGAGAUCGAUAGCAAGACCGUUGAAAACUGUGUGUGCAUCUUAAGGAACCUCUCCUACCGGCUGGCGGCAGAGACGUCUCAGGGACAGCACAUGGGCACGGAUGAGCUGGAUGGGCUGCUCUGCGGCGAGGCCAACGGCAAGGACGCCGAGAGCUCCGGCUGCUGGGGCAAGAAGAAGAAGAAGAAGAAGUCCCAGGAUCAGUGGGAUGGAGUAGGACCUCUUCCCGACUGCGCGGAACCUCCCAAGGGGAUCCAGAUGCUGUGGCACCCAUCCAUAGUCAAACCCUACCUCACACUGCUCUCUGAGUGCUCAAAUCCAGACACGCUGGAAGGGGCGGCAGGCGCCCUGCAGAACCUGGCUGCGGGGAGCUGGAAGGGCUGGGCUGAGGAUGUGGCAGGCAUGGCGUAUGCCCUACGUUCACUGCCAGAGGGGGCUCCCUGCCUGCCACAGUGGUCAGUAUAUAUCCGAGCCGCUGUCCGAAAGGAAAAAGGCCUGCCUAUUCUCGUGGAGCUGCUCCGGAUAGAUAAUGACCGUGUGGUAUGUGCAGUGGCCACAGCACUCCGGAACAUGGCCUUGGACGUCAGAAAUAAGGAACUUAUAGGUAAAUACGCCAUGCGAGACCUGGUGCACAGGCUCCCAGGCGGGAACAACAGCAACAACGCAGCGAGCAAGGCCAUGUCGGAUGACACCGUGACAGCUGUGUGUUGCACCCUGCACGAAGUGAUCACCAAGAACAUGGAGAACGCCAAAGCCUUACGCGAUGCCGGCGGCAUCGAGAAGUUGGUUGGCAUUUCCAAAAGCAAAGGAGAUAAACACUCUCCAAAAGUGGUCAAGGCUGCAUCUCAGGUCCUAAACAGCAUGUGGCAGUACCGAGAUCUGAGGAGCCUGUACAAGAAGGAUGGAUGGUCACAGUAUCACUUUGUAGCCUCAUCUUCAACCAUCGAGAGGGAUCGGCAAAGGCCCUACUCCUCCUCCCGCACACCCUCCAUCUCCCCUGUGCGCGUGUCUCCCAACAACCGCUCAGCAAGUGCCCCAGCUUCACCUCGGGAAAUGAUCAGCCUCAAAGAAAGGAAAACAGACUAUGAGUCCACCGGCAGCAAUGCCACUUACCACGGAACUAAAGGCGAACACACAUCCAGGAAAGACACCAUGACAGCUCAGAACACUGGUAUUUCAACUUUGUAUAGGAAUUCCUACGGUGCACCCGCUGAAGACAUCAAACACAACCAGGUUUCAGCACAGCCCGCCCCCCAGGAGCCCAGCAGGAAAGACUACGAGACCUACCAGCCAUUUCAGAAUUCCACGAGAAACUACGACGAGUCUUUCUUCGAGGACCAGGUCCACCACCGCCCCCCGGCCAGCGAGUACACCAUGCACCUGGGCCUCAAGUCCACCGGCAACUACGUAGACUUCUACUCCGCCGCCCGCCCCUACAGCGAACUGAACUAUGAAACGAGCCACUACCCGGCCUCGCCCGACUCGUGGGUGUGAGGCCAGGCGGCAGGAGGCGCUGCGGAACAGUGCAUGUGCAUGCAUACCACGACACACUUCUGUUUCUUUUCUUCUUUCCCUGCCACUUUAGUUUGUUCAAGCCUGUUCCGUAGGAAGGCUGUGAUAACCAAUAAGGAGAUAGCCAGAGCUAUUUUAGAAAGCUAAACUGAAUGGAAGGCUAACUUGGAAAUCGGUAGAACGCUAAGGCAAUCCUAAAUAGGGCAGUGUCCCUGCACCGACCUAGUGUGAGCUGUAGAGUCUUACAAGUGCUUUAUUCUGGAGGUGGAGGAGGAAGGAGAGAGGGGAGGGUGGGGGGGGCCUGGGGGC